UCAACAAAGAACAAACAAAAUAAUUAGAAUAUUUUUUUUUUUAUUUUUUUUUUGUAAUAAAUCUUUAAUUAAAAAAAAAAUGUCUGAUGAUGAAGAGCUACAAUACAUGAAAAGAAAUAAAACAAUCCAUUAUGGAUCGUUGGAAGAGAGUGAAAGGAAAAAACAAGCUUUAGAAAAUAUUGAUUCUGAUGAUGAUUUUGGCCCUCCAGAAGCGAAAAAGCCAAUGUUAGCAGCAAAUAUUCCGGCUUCACUAAAUACAACUACUAUUGGAAAUGUUCAAGUUUCGAACGAUUAUUUUGACAUAGAAAAUGAGAUAUCAAAAGAUAAGCAAGCUUUAUUAGAAGAGUUCGAACGGAAAAAACGUGCACGUCAAAUUAAUGUCAGUACUGAUGAUAAUGAAGUUAAGAAAAACCUUCGGCAGUUAAAUGAACCAAUUUGUUUUUUUGGUGAGGGUCCUGCCGAACGCAGACGACGUUUAAAGGACUUAUUAGCCAGUUUGGGUGAAAAUGCUAUAAAACAAAAGCAACAUGAAGAAGAAGAAAGAAAGCAAUUACAAAAAGAACAAGAAACAACUUGGUAUCACGAAGGACCAGACGCAUUAAGAUUAGCUAGGCUAUGGAUAGCAGAUUAUUCAUUGCCAAGAGCAAAAAAUAGACUAGAAUUAGCGAAACAGCAAGCUGAAUUACCAGCUGCAACCAAAGCUGGUCGUAUGGUGGAACUGCAAAAAAGAAUACAAUCUUUAGUUCCAUUAUGCAGUCAAGUUGGUGAUACAAGACCAGUUAGUGAUUGCACAUUUAGUGACGAUUCAAAAUUAUUAUUAACCUCAAGUUGGAGUGGAUUAUGUAAAUUAUGGUCCGUACCUGAAUGUAAAGAGUUACAAGUAUUGCGAGGUCAUGUGGCUUAUGUGGGCGGUGUUUGCUUUCGACCUGGUGUUUAUUUUGAUGAAAAAAAUGAAUGUUCUAUGGCUAGUGGUGGUCAUGAUGGUGCUGUGAAAUUAUGGUCAUACGGAAGUGAAGAAUCUAUAGCGGAUAUAACUGGUCAUAUGCCGUCUAGAGUUUCAAAAGUAAAAUUUCAUCCUUCUGGUAGAUUUCUGGCAACUGCCUGCUAUGAUUCUUCAUGGCGCUUAUGGGAUUUACAUCAAAAACAAGAAGUUUUACAUCAAGAAGGUCAUGCGAAGUCAGUUCAUUGUUUAGCAUUUCAGUGCGAUGGUAGUGUUAUUGUUACAGGUGGAUUAGAUGCAUUUGGUAGAGUUUGGGAUUUAAGAACUGGUAGGUGCAUUAUGUUUCUGGAAGGUCAUUUAGGAAAUAUAUACGGUGUUGACUUCUCUCCAAACGGUUAUCAUAUUGUUACCGGUAGUUGUGAUAACACUUGUAAGAUUUGGGAUCUGAGAAAACGACAACAUGUUUAUACUAUACCUGCACAUACAAAUUUAAUAUCGGAUGUUAAAUAUCAAAAAGAUGGUGGAAACUUUCUUGUUACAGGAAGCUACGAUAAUACAACAAAAUUGUGGUCCAAUAAAACGUGGCAACCUCUGAAAACGCUGCAAGGUCAUGAUGGUAAGGUAAUGGCUGUAGACAUAUCACCGAAUUCACAAUAUAUUGUUACAACGUCUUAUGAUAGAACGCUUAAAUUAUGGGCACCAGAAAACUAACAUUAAAACUCUGUCUUAAAUAUUAAAAAUGCCAAAAUAAAGUUAAACAAAAGAACGUGUUAAAAAUAAAAUUUUAA